UUUGCCGCCGCAGCUGUUGUGGCGCCCGUGCACACCCGCACGCAUUUGCGCACACUUAAGUGUGCUCCUUGAGCGGCGGCGACCGCAUGUCCAUUCAGGCUGCCGCUCUCUGCUCCGCCGCCGUCUUCUCGGGUUGCCUCUCCAGCCUGCACACACACACACAACGCAGGCAAAGUGGAAUGUUGUCGCCGUCUUGCUGGGAAAAGUGGCAUUCAGCACAAGAGUGAAGAAGACUGCGCUGGUUUACCAUGAGCUGUUUGGAUGUUAUGUACCCAGCCUAUGGACAUUACGCCUCGUACGCAACCAGCGCUCCUGCUUUCAUCAACACGCUACAGACUCCCAGUGGUGUGAGUAGCACCUCACCUCCGUGCCGGGAUUUUAUGGACACUCCUAGACGUCCCGAGGGAAUGUCCGCCGUCCAGGGCAGCGUCGGCGGACCGCCGACCUCGUCGUCUUCGGCCGCCUCAUCUUCUUCUUCUUCCUCUUCCGCCUCAUCUUCCUCCUACACGUCGGCGGCCCCGCGUCCCGACGAGGGCCCCAAGAGCAAGCAGGAUGGCCCCGACGCUGAGUACCUGAAUUCCCGUUGCGUGCUUUUCACUUACUACCAGGGGGACAUCAGCAGCGUGGUGGAUGAGCAUUUCUCUCGAGCUCUCAGCUCCUAUAUGGACGGCGAGGGAAAGCGGCGCGCUGCGGAGCAACAGGUCGCCGGUACUGCAGACACACCUUCACCGAGCAGCCGACGGAGUUUCCCCCCAUCCUUCUGGGACAGUAACUACUCAUCACCUCAAAGCCGCGCACACUGCGAGACGGCGGCUCCUUCCUAUUCCAUGGACCCCUACGCGUCGGGGCUACACCCGGGCCUCCCCCACCCGCACUCUCACCCGCACGCUCACCCCCACCCUCACCCGGCGGAGAGCUGGGGCUACACCCAGGCUCAGGCCUACGGGCCUCCAAGGCCUCUCCACGAACUGUACUCGCCUUCCACUUUGGAGCCCCACUACGGGCCCCUGCUCAUGCCCACUGUUCGGCCGGCCCACUUGUCCACCUUGCCGAGCCACUACGAAGUAAGCAAGCUGGAGCCCACGGCCACUUGGCCCGGCCUGCUACCUCCGGGGGACGUCGGGCAGACACUGGCCCUCAACAUGGAUGCAGGCCUGCAACAACACAAGAAAGGCAAGGAGCUCUACUGGUUCUAACGAAGCCCACAUUCACAUUGACCACAGCCAAUUAGUCCCUGGACCUUCUCCGCUAUUGAACAAGUGUGUCCCCUUUAUCCCAUGCACACAAACACACACAACUGGCCUCCCCUGACAGCCUGGCUCCUGGUGGAUGCGAGUGCACCAUGGAGAUAACGCAUAAUCUGGACCGCCUUCGCCAUGUCCCUCUCCGGAGGCAGACCCUGGCACAGGGAGACGCCAUGUUGGACCCAGAAAAACAGACUUUCGUUGAUCAAGGGAUGGACUUGGGGUGUGGGUGGGGGGGUCGUUCCAAUGUGCCUGGUUAUCUCCAUUUCAAGCUUUUGAUUUGCCAUUAGCCAAAAUUUCAUUUGAGAAGAUGGGGAUUUUUACUUUGUUACUGAAGAGAUGGUGUUUGUAUUUAUUGGUGUUUUAUUUGAAUUGUUUGCUAUAUAGGCCAGUGCUUCUGCUAAGAUUGUGGUUGGGUUUCUUGCUUUGUUCCAAAGAGAUGUCACACAAGGAUUUCUUUGUGGCCAUUGUGAUCAUUUAAGGGAGAGGUCACAAUUUUUUUUUAUGUUCUUUGGAUUUGUCGCAUUUAAUCCUCCCUUGUUUCAAUCAGGAGCCUUUCGUUUCUUUUGUGCGUGUUAUUUCUUUCUCCAUUUAUUUUGUGUCCAAAAAGAUUGUGAUGUCAAUAAAUAUUUUUAUGGUAAAGCAGCAAAAUAAGUCAUUGAUCAAAUAAUUGAGUUGAGAACUUUCCAUAUGUUGUCAUCAUCCUUCAAUUUAAAAAAAAAAAAAUAGACUAACAAAAAUGUGCACCCCCCAACUUCAAGUUAAUGUUUGAGCAUAAAAAUUGUCACUUCAAACAAUUGUUGUUGCCUAAAUUGUGCUUGGAAAUCUUUUGCCGCAAUCCCAACAAAGAAACAUAGAUGUGAUGAAGCUGGCCUCCUGUCUCCAUUUUGAAUUCCUGUUUGCAUUCACACUUUGUCACCUAUAAAGUGGCAACGAGCGGCGAAUGCCAACUAUGCGGAACCGGAGACGACGCCGAGCAUGCCAGCUAUGUGCCCAAUGUUGUUGUGUUAUUGAUCCGAUAAUCAGAUUAUGCCCGUCUGGGCCACUGUCACAAUUUAGCGGCUGCUAUGUGUGAAUCCUACCCUGCUUGCAAGCAUGCGUUUGGACGCAGCCAACUAUGUGAUUGGCUCUAAGCUGGGCAAAUACAUACGGUAAUGAAAUUAAAUGAGUUAGCCAUCACUGGUCCAAGCAUUUAUAGUGCCUUUUUACACUUGACUUGCGGUUUGUACAUUUCACACCGGAUUUGCUGGGAUGUAUUUUGCUGUUGCUAUGCGGACAUAAUUAUUAUCACGUUGUAAUCAUAAACACAACAUGACAUUCAUAACAAUUAUGUUUAUUACGCAAUCCAGAGGAAAAUUAAAGUACAAUAA